AUGCAAGCUCAACGCACCGAGACGCCGCCUCCCCGCUCUUCGCCUCCGCCGGCUGUCGUUGCUGAGGGCCCCCCACGCUCCCUCAAGAUCGACACCGCGGUCGCCGCGUCGCCUGCGCGUUCUCUUGAGCCCUCUCCCACCCAGACCCUCGGCCACUCGAGUCCUGAGCUCCCCCCGCUCCCGCAGCUGCCGUCGCUGGGCGGCAUCCCUCGCACGCCGCACACCGCCCAGCCGAAGCGGCCCGCCGACCAGUCGCAUUUCUACACCGCCAGCUGGGGGUCGCCGUACCAGCAGCCCUCGCCCGAGUUCCACACAAAGUCCCGCCGCCACAACAGGGACACCUGGGCCCUCGAUCCCGAGCCCGACGACCCAGACUCGCCGCGCUUCGGCCUCGAUCAUCUGAUCCCGAAUCGCCUCGAAGACAACGAAGAGCCGAAGCUCAAGUUCAACCUCGAGCACUUGCUGCCGAAGCGCCUGCCGUCCUUCCUCACAAAGGACUCGGCCGACCCCGCCACGCCCACCAAAGCCCCCAAGCUUUGGCCCGACUUGACCGCCGAGAAGACUCCGGUCCCGCCCGCCGCCCACGCGAAGCAGAACCCGCAGCUCUUCUUCCCGCGCGAGCCCACCGAAGGUUGGAUAAAGCAGUUUCUGACCGGACAGUGGCAGUCGGAGAAGGCCAAUUGGUGGAGUGACGGCUCGACUGACGAGGACUCUGACGAAGGAGACGCCGGCGAAGCGUCGCAAGACGGCCAGACUAAGGUCAAGGACAAGAAGCGCAAGGCCAAGAAGGGACACAACCCGAGGAAGAACAACCUUACGCUGAAGCAGGCCGAUUUCUGGGCCCAUUUCGGCCAGAAGGGAAAAGAGACGUUCGAGAAGAUGCUCGCCUCGCGGUUCGCGGAUACUCCCCCGGCGAUGGAGCCUCCUGCGCCGGGACCAGGACCAGCACUAUCACCAUCGCACCCCGAGCCGGAGCUGUUGGGUGACCAGGACGGCGAGUUGAAAACCGAGGUGAUUUUUGAUGCGGAAUCAAGAAGUCUCGCGAGCCGUGGCACCGAGGAAAAGAGCUUAGAGGAAAAGCCGCCCCGGCCAAUAUCAAAGGACGGGCCGCCUCCACCUGCCAAAGCUCCCUCAAAGGCUCCGUCGCCGGUGAACGACGCCCCGCCGCCUCCACCCCCAAAGGCUGCCCAGCCUGCGCCUGUGCCAGCACAUGCGCCUGUGCCUGUCAAGGCUGCUGAUCUUCCCGUGAAACGGCCAAAGAAGCGUGUGCUAUGGAAAAACAGGAACAUCGUCAUUCAGAUACCGUAUGAUCGUGAAAGAGGGAAGGAGGGUGGUCCGCCACGGCCUCUAUCGCCAAGAGAGGUGCAGGGCCGCCUCAAGCAGUUUGAAGAAGCGGGGUUGAACAUCCAUGGCUUUGAUACCAGCGAUGAGAACGGCUACAUCGCGCAAGGUCUUGCUCAAAACCGUGAGAUAUGGCCAGAUCCUGCUGACGACACACACCAAUGGCGUACAACUCAUACGACCCGUGUUUCAAUUCCCGACAGGGCUGAGUGGGACAGAUACGUUGCGUUCUUAACGGAGCAGAAGCUGGCUGCAUUGGGCGUGACUCUGAGUGCGCCCGAAGAGGAAAUAGUAGAUAACCCCAUGUCUCGGUCGGCUUCGGCCCAGCAGUUCGCUGGUGGACCCGGCUUGGCUUUCUCGCCGCCACCUCAGUCGAUCUCUGUGGGCACCCAAGGUUUCUCCACGUUUUCUGCACCCUUCUCGCUUCCAUCCGGCCCGUCUCCCGGUAUCCCUGGUCACAUGUCGAGGACGUCGAUCGCGUCGCCGAUUUCUCCAUUCGGCGGUCCUCAGAGGCCCACCGGUCACCUUCACAGGCAUUCGACUUUCGCGUCGCCGUCUCUGCCCCAGCAACCAACUCCUCCGUUGACCGGCUUCUCCCCUUCGCUGUUCCUAGCGCAAAAUGGUGGAACCCGCGGCGCUUCGCCUGCCAUUCCUACUAGCGCCCCGGGCCAAGACAUGAUGUCGCCUGUGUCGCCGUUUACGAACAAUGCCCAGAUACAUGCCCAGUAUCCCUUCCCAUCUUCUACUGAUACUUUCUCGCAAAUGCAUCAGCAACAGCAACAGUUGCAGCAGCAGCUUCUCCAGCAGCAGCAGCAGCAGAUCAUCAACAACAGACCCCAUCUUACUUUGGAGGAGUUGCCUGAGGAAGAUGCUGAAGAGGAUAUCAGGCCUCAGACUCCGGAGCAGACCAACAAUGGCCCGAGCCCGAACAUCGUCGUUCCUACUCCGCGGGGCAGCCACCGCCACAACAUCAGCCAGAAUCUUGAAAGGGAGAUCCGCGAUGCCGAGUACCACCUCGAGGAGGCCAUCAACCGCCAACUGGAUGAAGAUGGCGAGUUUGGCCCUGGAAACAGAUUUGGGAUGCACAGCCCGCCCAGCAAGCCAACUCAGACGAAUGGCAAUGCAACGAUGUGGCAGGGUUCCAAUGGCAUUCAACAUCAGUCGCAGAAUAGGCAACAAAGCUAUGGUGGCCCUGGCUACCAAGGCAACCAUGAAGACGACGAUAGGACCAACAUCUCCGACGUUGAGACCAACCCUAGUAUUGAGGGUCAGAAUGACCAGUCCACCGGCGUUUCGUCGUCGCACACCACCUUCGCCAGCUCCAACCUUAACACCAGCCAUCACGUCAGCCACUCCAGCCAGGGCUCUGCAACAUCUAAGCUCAACGUCCAGGCACCCGAGUUCAAGUUCCCCUCUGGUCCGUCAUUCAAUCCGACCGCACAGUUCAGCCCUAGCAACGCCAACUUCACCUUUGGCCCGAACUAUCAGCAGGGCCAGCAGGGCCAGCAGGGCCAGCAGGGCCAACAACAGCAGCCUGUUGAGGAACGCCCUCCUCCCAGCCGUGGAAACACCAAGCUUCACGCUGCGGUGCCCAGUUUCGUCCCGUCUUUCAAGCUGGGUGGGUUGGGCUUGCCGCAGCCGCCGGUCGUUCCUUCCAUGCCGGCUAGUACCAUGCCCAGCUCCACUUUCGACUUUGCUGCCCAAGGGCCCGCGUUCAAGCCCGACGCUAACGCGUUCCAACCGGAUACCUCUGUGCAGCCCAGCGGCUCUUCUCAGGACUCCGGCAAGCUGUUCAACAUCGAUAUCCAGGAACAAGACAUUGUCAAGCCCGCUAAGCGAAACAAGGCCAUUCCGAUUAUCAAGCCCGAUCUCCAGCAACUGCAGCAAAUGCAGCAGCAGCAACUGCAGCAGCAGGAACAGGAGGAAGAGGAGUUGUUCGAUGAGCAUGGUCGUCCUAUGCAGGCCGAAUGGCGGCAGAAGAGGGCCCGUCAGAACGUUCGCGAGGGCGACGCUGAGCCUAUGUUCGCCACUCCCCGCGUCGUUCCUUCCAACGCCCCGCCUCAGCCGCUCGGAGAUGCGAUGCAAUCGCAGAACUUUGCCUACAGGGACAGGAUCAGCCCUAUACCCGAAGGCAAAGAGAACAGGACGCCGACGCCCAAUGGUAUUCAGCGCCAGUUGACUCCAUUCAAGCCAAGGGGCCCGCAACAGCAGAACGAGGGCUAUAACGUCGACUUCAACAGGGGCCACAUCACCAACCAGAACAGCAUCGACCUCAACGAGGCUCAGGAGCCAUUCGACUUCAAGUUUGGCGUGCAUGUCACAAAGCCUUCGACAGACAAUCAUGAGGCGCAGCAGGCCGCUGCUGGUUUGCGCCAGUUCAACCCCAGCCCUGCUGCCACAAACGCGAACAGCUACCAGCCCAGUGAAGGUGGUUCUUUCAUGACUGCCAUGGAGAACGGCAAGAACCAGGCAGGAGAUGGCGACUUUGAGGAAAGACCUACGUUCAACGAGAUCGACGAGAUCAUGAGGGCCAUGAAUGACCAGGGAUCUGAAUUUGGCGUGAUCAGGGAGUCUCCCGGAUGGAACCGCUCAAGCCCCCUGCCCAGACCCCCGUCCAACUCGCGGCCCGCUCAAGCCCUGUUCAGGAACGACGCACUCAGCCCUGCACCUCAACGGACGCUGUACGCACCUCCGCACAACGACGGUGGUACUUCAUCUGGCCAGGACCCCUUCAGCGAUUCCAAGGCUGGCUUGGCCUACGAGUCACCUGUGCAUAGACUUGGUGGCGACAAUGUUGCUGUCAGCGACUGGGAUGACAUCGUCACGACCGAUGAAGAGGGCAAAUUCAAAGAACGGCGCGGGUUCUUCGAUUCUCGCGUUGAUGGCCUCAUUGACAACGUGUUGCAGAGCCGCCUUGGUCCUCUCGAGAGAAGCAUCCACAAUAUCAAGGACUCGAUCUCCGCUAUGGCUAUGAUGCGGACCGGUCGUCGCAGCUUCUCGGGUGAACCUGGCGAAAGCGACGCUGACGAUGAGGAUGACGACCUCGCCUCACAGCACCGCAACCGCUCGCCAGGCAAGAGCCGUAAACUCGAGAAGAUCAAGAACGCCGUCGUGGAGGCUUUGUCUCAGGCUACCAUGCCUCCUGCCCCGUCGAAGUCGCCCGGCAUUGACAUUGCUGAAUUCUACCAGGCGCUCGCGGAUCUGAAGAUGUCGAUCGCUCGUUCUGCUGCCACCGGCCAACUUGAUGACUUCCGUGAGAUCAUGGACGAAGCACUCAACCGGCAGAGCACCGUCCUUUCCCAGAAGCGACAGCAGGAGGCCAAUGCCGAAGCUGCGGCUCGCAUCGCGGAAUUGGAAAGGAUGGUCGACGAGUUGCAGCAGCGCAUGGAAGUCACAAUUGAGAGCCGCAAGAUCGCCGAGCGCACCGAGGACGACGCGCAGCGUAAGCUGGCUUUGACUGAAGAAGAACUUCUUCUCCUUCGAGCCCAAGGUCGGGACGACGCCAACAAGAUCCGCGCUCUGAACGAGGAGUCACAUGAGCUGAAAUUGAGGCUCGGAUCCUCCGAAUCUUCCCAGGAAGAGCUCCGCCGGCGUCUCGUCACGCUCGAGACGCAGAACGAAGCGCUCGAGGCUACGCUGGACGAGUACCGCUUGUCCAGCAAGAAAUGGUCGGACGAGAUCAACAAGGCUAACGAGGACAACGAGCAGCUCCGCCGCUCGAUCAGCACGCUCGAGGGUCAGAACCAGGAGUCCAUCCGAGGCCGCGAAAAGAUGCGCCACAGGCUUGAACAACUGCAGAAGGAUCUGGUGUCGGCUACCACCCAUGUCGCCGACGAGAAGGCUCGCUGGGCAAGGCAAGAAGAGGAGCAUACCAAGAAGUAUGAGACUCUUCGGGCCAGGAUCGAGGCCGAGGCUCGUACUCGCGAGAGGUUCGAGAGGGAGAUGGAGAGGCUGGAGGGCCAGGAGCGCGAAGGCAUGCGCAUGAAGGUUAUCUUGGAGCAGACUCAGAGACACAAUGCCAGCAUGGAAGAAGCCAUGAACAAGCUUCGCAUGGAGAACUCCGAGUUUCAGAAGAGGGCCGAGCGCUUCGAGCGCGAGUUCCACGAAUCGAGAGAGAUUGCUCGUGCGGAGAUCAAGCGUAUCCGUAUGGCCAUGGAGGCCGAGCUCAACGCUGCCAACAGCCAGGUCAACGUUGUGCGCUCCGAGCUUGAGAGCGAGAACACCAGGCUUCGCAACGAGAUCGACCAACUCCGCAUGGACCGCGAUACUGAGAAGGCCAGGCAUGAGCUUGUACUUGAGAGUGAGGCAGAUGCCAAGCGUGAUGCUCUUCGUGAGGCCCACGACGGUAGAGACCGCGCCCUCAGGGAUCAGCAGCACCGUUACGAGAAGGCUAUGGAGGACCAACAGCAGCGGUACGAGAAGACGAUGGAAGAUCAGCAGCAGCGGUACGAGAAGGAAAUCAGCAUGCUCGAGAAGCGUUAUGCCGAGAAGGUCGAAGACCACCAGCAACGCUACGAAAAGACGAUCGAGGACCUCCACCGCCAGCACAACCGCGACUUGGCCAAUGCCAUCGAGGACAAGCAGCACAACGAGCAGACGCUCAACGACCGUCUCGCUCUCGCCGACGAGAAGGUGGAAUUCAUGCAAGACAAGAUCAUCCACCUCGAGGAGAAGCUCGAGGUUGCCAAGUCUGCGGCCCACGCAGCUGCUGUUGCCGCUCAGUCAUCCAAGAGCCCUGCUCCCCUUUCAGAGCACUCUCUGCCCAGUGCUGCCGAGAAGGUGUCGCCCCAGGCUCUCCGCGAGUCGAUCGCCGUUCUUCAAGAGCAGCUGCAGGAGCGCGAGGAGCGCAUCGAGUCGCUCGACCAGAAGCUGUCCGAGUUCGACGGCGACGCUCCGCAGAGGCUCAAGGAGAAGGAGACGGAGAUUGGCUGGCUGCGCGAGCUGCUUGGUGUCCGCGUCGACGACAUCACCGACCUCAUCAAUUCGCUGGCCCAGCCUGCCUUCGACCGCGAGCAGGUCCGUGACGCUGCUAUCCGCAUCCGCACCAACUUGCAGAUGGAACAGCAAGAGAAGGAGCGUCUCAUCUCGGGCGGCCAGACAUUCCCUGCGUUGGCAAGCCUCUCCAGCUUCGCCUCGCCCAAGGCUGCCCAGCUCGCCGCCGCCAUCGGCAACUGGCGCAAGGGCAGGGAAAAUGCCAGCGCCAGCAAGCUCUCGCGUGCUCCCUCAGCUGCCGACAACCACGAGCAGACGCCUGUCAAGAACCCCAACCCCUCUGCUGGCUUCCUCGCCGGCCUCAUGACCCCACCCGCCUCGCAACUUCGUCGCACCCCCACCCCCUCGACCGGCCGCCGCGCGCGCGACCGCGAAUCUUUCUCCUCGUCCACCUCCGCCCGUGGCUUCCCCGUCCUGGGCAGUGUGACGCAAGGCAAGCAACGCGCCGGCUCCUCGCUGAGCCACCACCAUUUCGACCAUCACCAGCUGGCAACACCGCCCGGCUCGCGCGGCGGCACCGGCCUCCUGACCAAGAGCGCGUACGACCACGACGCGCCGGACAGCACGUUCAGCCCCAGCCAGUUCCACUACGACGAGGAAACGGACGGCGACGAGGCAUACAUGUUCCACCAGCAACAUCAGCAUGGGCACGACGUGAAGAUGAUGAUGGACAACCGUCCUGUGGACGAGAGGUACGGGAUCGGCGUCGCCGUCAGCCCGGACUUGGACGAGGGGAUCCAUGUUGGCGCGGUGCCGCACAUGCAGUUUGAGCCGUUUGGACCUGGAUCCGGGUUUGGGCAUCAUGGGCAUCAGGAGCGGCAUCAGUGA